UAAUCCAGGUGGCCUUGUUUUUUUGUGAGUGAAGGAGGAUUAUUUAGUUUGAAUCGGUGUUCAGGAAACGAUCCCAAAAGGCUUUUUUCAUGUUCUCCAUCCAGGACAGUCUCCCACGGGGAGGUCUGACCAUGAAAGAGGAGCCCCUCACUAGCGGGAUGACACCGGUCCGCUCGUGGAUGCAGAGCGCGGGGAUUUUGGACGCGAACACGGCAGCGCAAAGCGGUGUGGGCCUGGCCCGGGCGCACUACGAGAAGCAGCCGCCCUCCAACCUGCGCAAGUCCAACUUCUUCCACUUCGUGCUGGCGCUGUACGACCGGCAGGGCCAGCCCGUGGAGAUCGAGAGGACCUCCUACGUGGACUUCGUGGAGAAAGACAAAGAAUACAAUGGGGAGAAAACCAAUAACGGCAUUCACUACCGGCUACAGCUCCUGUACAGCAACGGCAUCAGGACGGAGCAGGACCUGUACGUGCGGUUGAUAGACUCCAUGACCAAACAGCCAAUCCUGUAUGAGGGGCAGGACAAAAAUCCAGAGAUGUGCCGCGUUCUCCUCACGCACGAGAUCAUGUGCAGUCGGUGCUGUGACAAGAAGAGCUGUGGGAACCGCAAUGAGACCCCGUCCGACCCGGUCAUCAUCGACAGAUUCUUCCUGAAGUUCUUCCUCAAGUGCAAUCAGAACUGUUUGAAAAAUGCAGGGAACCCGAGGGACAUGCGGAGGUUUCAGGUGGUGGUGUCUACAACAGUGAACGUGGAUGGCCAUGUCCUCGCCGUCUCCGAUAAUAUGUUUGUCCACAACAACUCCAAACACGGCAGGCGGGCCCGGCGCCUGGACCCAUCUGAAGCAGCCACGCCCUGCAUCAAAGCCAUCAGCCCCAGCGAAGGUUGGACGACUGGAGGCGCCACUGUCAUCAUCAUCGGGGACAACUUCUUCGAUGGGUUGCAGGUGGUGUUCGGCACCAUGCUGGUGUGGAGCGAGCUCAUCACACCCCACGCCAUCCGGGUCCAGACACCCCCGCGGCACAUCCCAGGGGUCGUGGAGGUCACGCUGUCUUACAAGUCCAAGCAGUUCUGUAAAGGAGCACCGGGGCGGUUCGUCUACACAGCCCUGAAUGAGCCCACCAUUGACUACGGUUUCCAGAGGUUACAGAAGGUCAUCCCCAGACACCCGGGAGACCCAGAGAGACUACCCAAGGAGGUGCUGCUGAAGAGGGCGGCGGAUUUGGUGGAGGCCUUGUAUGGGAUGCCCCACAACAACCAGGAGAUUAUUCUGAAACGGGCGGCAGAUCUCACAGAGGCCCUGUACAGUGUCCCCCGCAGUCACAACCAGCUGCCUUCCCUCACUGGCUCUGCCCACUCCGGCAUGAUGGGGGUCAACUCCUUCAGCAGCCAGCUGGCUGUCAACAUCUCCGAGGCCUCGCAGGGCGACCAGGGCUACUCCCGUAACUCCAACAGUGUGUCGCCUCGCGGGUAUGUGCCCAGCUCCACGCCCCAGCAGUCCAACUACAACACCAUCACCUCCACCAUGAACGGCUACGGGGCCGGCAUGACCAACCUCGGGGUGCCUGGGUCCCCCAGCUUCCUCAACGGCUCCACUGCCAGCUCCCCCUACGCAAUCAAACAGAAGAGCGCCUUCGCCCCUGUCGUGCGGCCACAGACCUCCCCGCCCCCCACCUGCACCAGCACCAAUGGGAGCAGCCUACAGGCUAUGGCUGGUCUCAUAGUCCCGCCUAUGUGAGGACAGACUCCACCCCCCUUUCCACCUCCCACAAUCCAGACAAUGGACUUCGCAUUCACCGGCCAACAGAAUCGAUCUCAGACUGUCUCUUUUUAAAGCAUCCCCAGUCCCUCGAAGGAACACUACACCAGAAGCUAAAGGGACAGAGACUCACUCCAGCCCCUCGAUGUCACUGCAGUUGCGUCUUUGCCAUCAAACAUCAAACACUUCCUGUUCAUUGGGUCCAGGGCAGAAGAACCUUGAUGCCCUGCAUCGGCGCCUCUACAGAACAGAAACACAGAGAUUCCCAGCCAUUAUGUCCACAGGGCACUGUGUGACAUGCAUCCAAAAGAUCAGCAAAGUCAAUAGAAUAGCCUAUUCAUGAAUGAAGA